AUGGGUGGGAAAAUUGACAGGACUGUUAACACUGGUGGUGCCCCCCCGACUUUUAGGUUAUAUGGACAAAACUUUCACUUAAUGGGUAGUUUACUACCACAGUCUGGUGGACGACCAAAGUUUGCUCAAUUGUAUAUUUAUGAUACACAACAUGAGAUAGACAAUCGUCUAACUUUAUUGGGGGAUGAUCAUUCAACAAAUACAAUUCAUCGUGAAAUUGUGAAAGACAUCAAGGAUGCACUAGAUGAAAAUAAUGUUUUAGUCAAGAGUUUUAGGAUGGCGAAAACAAAUAUGGAAAGUAAUCAAAGAGUGGAUAUUAAAAUAAAACUCAUUGGUAAAAGGACCACGGAUGCAAGGACAUAUAACUUGCCACAAGUUGGGGAGGUUGCGGCAUUGAUUGUUGGUGAUUUGGAUCCAAACAUGGGAGAAAGAGAUAUACUGGUGGAGUCUCAAGCGGGUCAUUUUCAAAGAAUAACUGAACUAAAUCCAGCAUAUCUACCAAUGCAAUAUCCACUACUAUUUCCAUACGGUGAGGACGGAUACAGGGACGAUAUACAGUUUAAUAAUGUGCAAGGCCGGAGUUCAAAUGCACGAACUAAAAUUAGCCCAAGAGAGUAUUUUUCAUUCCGUUUGCAAGAUCGGCUCAAUGAAAUGUCAACAUUGCUAUAUGCUAGACGAUUGUUUCAACAACAUUUGGUUGAUGCUUAUACCAUGAUAGAAUCAGGACGGUUAGUUUAUAUUAGGUCGCAUCAAAAGUCAUUGAGGUGUGAAUCAUACAAAUGUUUGACAGAUGCACUAACACGUGGUGAAGUAGAUCCUACUGCCCAAGGAAAGCGGAUUAUUUUGCCAUCGAGUUUUACAGGAGGUGCGAGAUAUAUGGUGCAAAAUUACCAAGAUGCAAUGGCGAUUCGUAGAUGGAUAGGGUAUCCAAGUCUAUUUAUUACAUUCACAUGUAAUCCUAAGUGGCCUGAGAUAGAAAGAUUUUUACAAUCAAGGAAACUGAAAGCUGAAGAUAGGCCAGAUAUAGUUUGCCGUGUGUUUAAAAUGAAAUUAAAUGCACUGAUAAAAGAUAUUAAGAAGGAGAAGAUUUUUGGACUGGUGGAUGCAGUUAUUUAUACCAUUGAAUUUCAGAAAAGGGGAUUGCCACAUGCACACAUUUUGAUAUUCUUGAGCAAGAGUAACUCUUAUCCUAAUCCUAAAGAUAUUGACAUGAUCAUAUCUGCUGAGAUUCCAAGUCAAUUGUGCGACCCUGAGUAUUAUAAAGCAGUAGAAGAAUUUAUGAUUCACGGUCCAUGUGGUGCAGCGAGGAAGAAUUCACCUUGCAUGAAAAAUGGUAUUUGCUCUAAAUACUUCCCCAAAAAAUUUGUGGAAAACUCAACAGUGGAUUUUGAUGGAUAUCCAAUAUAUCGACGUCGAGAUAAUGGUCGUACAGUACGGAAGAAUGGUAUUAACCUUGAUAGUAGAUAUGUUGUGCCACACAAUAGAUAUUUGCUUAUGAAGUACAAGGCUCAUAUUAAUGUGGAGUGGUGCAACCAAUCUAGAUCAAUUAAGUACUUAUUCAAAUACGUCAACAAAGGGAAUGAUAGGGUAACAGCUGAAUUCUACAAUAGUGGGGUGGAAGAAUCUACGGGGAACAUUGUAGAUGAAAUCAAAAUGUACUAUGACUGUAGAUAUAUUUCACCCCCUGAGGCUGCGUGGAGGAUUUUUGGCUUUGACAUACAAUUUAGGAACCCAUCUGUUGAACGUUUGAGUUUCCAUCUUCCCAAUGAGCAAUCAAUAAUUUUUCAUGACGAUGAUUUGGUCGAUGAUGUGGUGAAUCGACCAACAGUAGCUCAAAGCAUGUUUACUGCCUGGUUUGAAGCUAAUAAAAAGUAUGCAGCAGGGAGGGAGUUGACUUAUUCACAAAUGCCAACAAAAUUUGUUUGGAAGAGUGAUAAAAGAGAAUGGCAACCUAGGCAAAGAAAUUGGGCAAUUGGGCGAAUCUUUUAUGUGCCACCAAAUACUGGUGAGAUCUUUUAUCUUAGGUGUUUACUUAAUAUAGUUCGUGGACCGACUUCAUUUGAUGAGAUUAAAAAGGUGGAUGGUGUUCAAUACAAUUCCUUUAGAGAUGCGUGUUAUGCCCGGGGAUUAAUUGAAGAUGAUAAAGAGUAUAUUGAUGCAAUCACGGAGGCAUCAACGUGGUCCUUAGCAAGUUCUCUACGGAAGUUGUUUGUUACACUUCUAACAUCCAGUUCGAUGGCCAAACCAGAAAAUGUUUGGGAGAUGGUUUGGCCAUUCUUAUCAGAUGAUGCUGAAUAUGUUUAUAGAAGGAACCUAUCAGUCCCAGAUUUAAACAUGAAUGAAUCUCAAAAAAAGAAUUUUGCGCUGCUUGAAAUGGAGAAAUUGUUGAAUGCUUGGAACAAAUCUCUAUCAGAUUACCCACCAAUGCCAAUGCCAGAUGGAAACAAUGAUUGGAUUUGUGGUAAUAGGUUGUUGUUAGAGGAAAUGUCAUAUGAUAGGGAAGCUCUAAUGCAUCUACAUGAUUCAUUGCAUCCGAAACUAACUGAUGAACAACUACUCAUAUAUAAUAAGGUGAUUGGAGAUGUUGAAAAUGAGAAAGGUGGAUUGUACUUCGUAUAUGGUUACGGUGGAACCGGAAAAACAUUUUUGUGGAAGACAAUUUCAGCUGCUUUAAGGUCCAAAGGAGAGAUAGUUCUUAAUGUAGCCUCAAGCGGAAUAGCUUCUUUGCUGCUGCCUGGCGGUAGGACUGCACACUCCAGAUUUGCCAUACCGCUUGCUGUUAAUGAAGAUUCAACCUGCAACAUAAAGCAAGGCAGUCCGCUUGCUGAAUUGAUAAUCAAGUCCAAAUUAAUAAUUUGGGACGAAGCUCCGAUGAUGCACAAACAUUGCUUUGAAGCAUUGGAUCGCACAAUGCGAGACUUAAUGCGGUUCAAAAAUUCAAGGAGCUCAACAAUGACAUUUGGAGGGAAAACUGUGGUGUUGGGUGGAGACUUUAGACAAAUCCUACCAGUUAUUCCCAAAGGUACUAGACAAGAUAUAAUACAAGCCAGCAUUAAUUCAUCUUACUUGUGGAAUAAUUGUGAAGUUCUUCGUCUAACGAAGAAUUUAAGAUUGCGCGGUGUUAGUGAUGAAGAUGAUUUGGAGAAGUUAGAUAGUUUUGCCAAGUGGAUUGCGGAUUUAGGUGAUGGUAAUCUUGGUGAAGACAACAAUGUUGAUUGCAAUAUAAUAAUGCCGUCUUCCAUUGUAUUACAGAAUGAGGUUGAUCCAAUAAAACAAAUUGUGGAAAACACAUUCCCUGGAUACCGUUCUGGCAACAUGGAUGAAAGACAAUUAGAGGAUAGAGCUAUUUUAGCUCCAACAUUGGAUGUUGUUGACGAGGUCAAUGAAUACAUGAAUGGUAUUAAUCAAGCUGCAUCAAGGACAUAUUUGAGUUGUGAUUCUAUUUGCAAGGCUGAGGCAAACUUUGAUAUGCAAUCUCAGGUACACACAACAGAGUUUUUAAAUAGUCUGAGGUGCUCAGGUGUACCAAACCACUCUUUAACAUUGAAAAUUGGAACUCCAGUUAUGCUGUUGAGAAAUAUUGAUCACUCGAUGGGGUUGUGCAAUGGUACUCGGUUAAUAGUAACACAAUUGGGAAAUCAUGUUAUUGAGGGGAAAAUCAUAGCUGGCAAUAACGCAGGUACAAAGGUUCUGAUACCCAGACUAUCUUUGACUCCUUCGGACCCAAGACUUCCUUUCAAGUUUCAAAGAAAGCAAUUCCCGCUUAUGUUAUCAUAUGCAAUGACAAUCAACAAAAGUCAAGGUCAGACGCUUUCACAUGUGGGUUUGAUAUUGAAAAAACCUGUUUUUAAUCAUGGCCAAUUAUAUGUUGCAGUAUCUCGAGUCAGUAAUCCGGAUGGUCUUAAGGUCUUAAUUUGUGGGGAAUCUAGAGGUCUUAUAAACAAGACCCAAAAUGUAGUUUAUAAAGAAAUAUUUAAUAAUUUGUAA